AAGCAGACUAAUUGAAAUUUCUAUUUAUUUAUAUUUUUUGUUUUCACAAUGUCGGACGCAUAUGAAUUUGCUGCAAAAGGUAAAUUAAAACUUAAAAGUGAUAGCCAGCACAAGAAAAAGAAAAAAAGUAAACAUAAACAUAAAGAAAAGGACAAGGAGCGUGAGAAGGAGGCUUUACAAACUAGCAUAAACGAAACGUUGGAAGAAAAGAUCACCAGUAGCGCUGCGCCGAAAUUGACAAAGGCUGAACUAGCAUUUAAACAACAACAAGAAAAAAUGCGCAACAAACGUAUUAUGGAGAAGGCAUCAACAACGCACAAGGAGCGCGUAGAAAAGUUCAAUGAGCACUUGGAUUCGCUGACAGAACACUUUGAUAUACCCAAAGUAUCCUGGACUAAAUAGGCGCUUGUUUACAUGGUUUGCGUCCAAUAUAUUAAACACAUUUGUGCUUAACUUCACAUGUAUAUUUAUUUGAGAGUUAAAUAAAAUCCGGCAUAAUGCAUAUUUCGCUAUUUAAAA